AUGGUUCAACUCACAUUACCUUUACUCGACAACACCGACAACGAGAGCGGCAACCUCAACCAACCCGAUUGCGACCCCUCCCAAUCGAUCUACAACAACAAGUCAUGUAUCAAAGACUUUCUCUUCUGCUCAGACGACAACCCAUGCCCGUCCAAGAUCCCCUGUGUCGACCGGGUGUGUCAAUGCGAGCCCAACAACAAGUCAUAUAUCACCCUGACGCCUAACCCGGUCCGCAUGUAUACCCUCGGCUGCAACUUUGACAAGACGCGCGAAUCGGACACCUGUCGAGAUUAUGAGUACCAGGUGGGCAAGACCUGUCUCCUGAACUAUUGCUCGAAAGACGUGCCCUGUUAUGCCGGCCGUUGCGAUUCUAAGAGUAAUGUCUGCACCAAUAUCACUGCCUCUGCUGCGCGACAACCUCUCCCCGUCAGCAAUAACCAAGUCAUUUCGCUGGGAGACGACCCCUUUGGCACACAUAAGGAGGGCCUCAGCCCAGUCUUGAUCAUUAUCAUGGCGGCAGCGGCUGUUGUUGCCAUUGCUCUGAUCGGAUGCAUUGUGCGGACUGUUACGCAUUGGACCAAAACAUCUGUGGCCUGGGCUUCCGACAAGACAGGCGGCAGCGCGGCGGGCGACGACGACAACAACGGCGAUGAAAAGACCAACAACAGGAGUAUGCCCUUUGUCAAGGAGGUGUCGAAUGCCGGUAGCAACCAGUCCGACUCAUCCAUCAUGCGGAAACCAUCAAAGUUCACCGGCAGCCAUUAUAUGCCCGAGCACGUUGUCCAGUCCUCCUCUGCGUUGUCUGAUAUCUCGCCCUUUGGAACACCCGUGCAUUCCCCUCACUUUUCUCCUUAUUCGCACCCGGAUCAGGGCAGUGACAUGUCCCUGUCCAACCCCUUCCGCCACAGAAUCGACGAUAGCAGGAUCUCGAUGGACUUGCUAAGCAGUGGCUCUGCUGGCCAUAUUAGGGACGACCACCCAAUGUCCGAGUUGAGUUCAAGCCCUGAGCUCAACUCUAUCGAUAAAGUCGACCCUGUGCCCGUGGCUCCUUUCCUUGCUCCUGCGCAUGGCCCCUCCUCCUCCUCCUCUUCCCUCUCCCCUCCCCUCGGACAAGACCUGAGGAUAUCGCGGUCUCAAACUUUCCAUCGCCCUCCUUCAAGCAACCUGUCGCCAGCAAUCCACAAUCCCCUUCACCAGACCGAAAUCCGAUCCGCACCUUUGCCAUUCGUCGGCUCCAGAUCGCCUCCACCCCCACCUACCAUGCAAUCUGACAGGAUCGUCCCUCCCAUGAUGACCUACUCACAGAACAACAGAAUGUCAUCGGCCACCGUCAUGGCCCCAUCGAUGUCCUUGGACUCGUUGAUGGACUACUCGGGCAACCAUCCCAACCACCAGCGCGACUCGGUCGUCCUUUACGACUCCCCUCAUUCCAGCCGUCCAAAUUCACCUGCGCUCCGCCCUUCCGGCUCCUUAGGAUCUCCGCUUGUCAUUCAGUCGGGUGCAGAGCGCCUCCCGUCCUUGACCGUCCCUCACCGGCAAUCGAUGUUGAGGCAUAGUGCUUCGGUGCCCCAGUUGGUCGACCCCUCAUCGGCGCCACCUCAAGCCAAGAGGAACUUACCCGCUGGGUUUGCCUCCAACCCUGUCACCGCCGCUCCCAAGCGCUUUUAA